UUUUCUCCUUUAAUUUAUUUUUGUAUAUUAUCUCUGUUUCUCCGGGAAAACAGGGAAGAACUAGAGGAAGAGAAGCCGUUAUGCUCUGCCUCUCUAUUUCACUUAAGCUUUUUGAUCAUCUCUCCUCUUUUUCUCCAUUUCCUCUUUCUUGCGUCCUAAGAAACUUAGGAAACACGGUAGAGAUGAAGAAGAUACGUUACGUUCAUUUAAACCUUCUUCUCCUUCUAAUACCUUUAAUCAACCUUCUUCUGUUUCCGACACCAUCUCUGGCUCAAGACUACGGCGAAGAUGCUGAGAAGAAAGACACUCCUCCACCAGGUCUCGCCCGUUGCAAUGGAGUUUACAUGUCUUACAACUCCGGGGGGCGCGAAAAACUAUAUCCACGUACCAAAAACGUAACGGCUCAAGCCUGGUCGUUCAAAGCAACGGCCAUGAUCGUCAACACGGGCACUGAAGAGGUCAAAGGUUGGGAGAUGUUCGUAGGGUAUCGCCAUAGAGAGAUCAUUGUCUCCGCAACGGGAGCUGUCUCGUCGGAUGGUGACUUUCCUUACGACGCAAGUAAUGGGACAACGUUCAUUGGUUCUCCGAAUACAGAUCUAAAGACCUCGAUCGAAACAGCUGGAGAUUACACUCAGAUCUCAACUAAUAUCGAGAUCACGGGAACGCUUUUCGGUGGUAGAGGCACGGCGACGCCACUGCCGAGAACGAUCAAGCUCGUAAAUGAUGGAUGGGAAUGCCCUGCUGCUAAUUCUAAAGGUGGUACAAUGCAAGUUUGUUGCAAGAGGAACCCAAAGUUUAAAGCAAAAGAAAAGAAGAAAACCAAGUUCAUGCGUAGGCGACACGGCGACCUGAAUAUAAUCUAUGAUGUUCUUCAAGCUUACACAAGCAACUACAUGGCGCAGGUGACUAUAGACAACGAUAGUCCCUUAGGACGGUUAGACCACUGGAACUUGACAUGGGAGUGGAUGCGAGGAGAGUUCAUACACUCGUUGCGUGGAGCUUACUCAGCUGAGAAAAACCCUUCAGAAUGCUUGCACAGCAAGGCAGGACAGUUCUAUGGGGAUCUUGAUUUCUCUCAGGUGGCUACUUGUCAGAAGAAACCGAUCAUCAAAGACUUACCGGCUGAGCGUAAAGACGAUAAACUCCUCGGGAAAUUGCCUUUCUGCUGCAAGAAUGGAACUCUCUUGCCAGCUCAUAUGGAUUCCUCUAAGUCUAGAGCCAUCUUCCAAUUACAGGUGUACAAGGUGCCACCAGAUCAGAACAGGACAGCAUUCUUUCCUCCUCAGCAUUGGAAGAUCGACGGUAUAGUCAAUCCUCAGUACAAGUGCGGAACACCUAUAAGAGUCGACCCGACCGGGUUCCCUGAUCCGAGUGGUCUCCAAGCAACCACCUACGCAUUCGCAAGCUGGCAAGUUGUCUGCAACAUAACAAAGCCUAAACCAAAAGCUGCUCGUUGCUGCGUCUCUUACUCAGCCUUCUACAACGACUCAGCCAUCCCUUGCAACACUUGUGCUUGCGGUUGCGGAGAUAUCGACACCGACACUUGCAACGCCAAUGCAAGACCGCUUCUCCUCCCUCCUGACUCGCUCUUGGUACCGUUUGAAAACAGGACGUUAAAGGCAAAAGUGUGGGCAAGGAGGAAACACAUGGCUGUUCCUAAGAAGCUUCCUUGUCCUGACAACUGCGGAAUCAGCUUAAACUGGCAUGUUAACUCGGACUACGCUGAUGGAUGGUCGGCGAGGGUGACGUUGUUUAACUGGGGAGCUAAUGCAGUGGAGGACUGGUUUGCGGCUGUGGAUUUGGGUAAAGCUGGUUUAGGGUAUGAGAAUGUUUACUCGUUUAAUGGGACGAGAGUUCCACCUAAGAACCAGACCAUUUUCUUUCAAGGAGUUCGUGGUAUGAACUUUUUGAUUGGUCUUACCAACGGGUCGAACCCGGCUAGAGACCCGCAGGUUCCAGGGAAAAUGCAGUCGGUUAUAUCGUUUAAAAAGCAUUUGGGGAGUUUGAAUAUUCCAAGAGGUGAUGGAUUCCCUAAGAGAGUUUUCUUUAAUGGAGAAGAAUGUGAGCUUCCUAAGUAUUUUCCGAAAAAGAGUUAUGGGGAGAGGUUAUCAUGUAUCAGAUUCUUGCCAUCGAUUCUCCUCGUGAUCACAACGUUUCUUGUGAUUAUUAAUGAUCGGUUUUAAGAAGUGUUUACGUUUGUAUUAGUCAAGUAUGUAAGUUGCCUUCUGUCUAGCCAUGGUCAAAGAACUUGAAGAGAACGUUUAUGCAUCUUUUUCAGUGAUUUGUUUGAUUCAAGAAACUUGUAUUCAUUUAUCAAAAGUAACUGAUGCAGAUUGAUUCUCACUUAAUAUACUCUUGUCGUCUAAAAUAAUUGUGGUUUUGGUCUUGAAGAUCAUGAGAAAACAAGAAAAAUAUGAUGUCGUAAUGCUAUUUCUUAGUCUGUAGUAAAAGAGAAGACAACAGAAAAG